UGCAACUUGAUGCCGACGAUGGAUUUCAAACGUGUGAAGGACUACUUCUCCUGGCUCUACUAUCAAUACCAGAUUAUUAGCUGCUGUGCCGUCUUGGAGCCCUGGGAGCGCUCUAUGUUCAACACCAUUUUACUAACCAUUUUUGCCAUGGUGGUGUACACUGCCUAUGUCUUCAUCCCAAUCCACAUUCGCCUGGCUUGGGAAUUUUUCUCAAAAAUAUGUGGCUAUCACAGUUCAAUUUCCAGUUGAUCUCAUUUGCAUUCUGUAAAACAGCACUCCAUAUUUAUACAUUGCUGAUGACUGAUUGAUUUAGGAGACUCCCGGGUCAUUCUUCCACUAUCUGAUCUUAAAGACCCUCUUGUGCACAAACUGUAACCCACUGCUUGGAAUCUGAGGUCAAUGUGUCUUUGGGUUCUGUUGUGCAUCAGAUCAUAGAUAUGACAAAGAUGUAACUUCACAUACCAUCUACGCUCACCACAAGGUUUUUUCUACCAGAACAAAUUCAUACAAAUCCCGCCCCUCCCCCCCCCCAAAGUCUCAUAACAGACCUACCAGGUCAUAUUUAAAAUGUUCUCCAGGUAGAUAUCGUGUACCAAACAAUGUAUUAUAUACACACACACACCUAUAGGCUACGGUCGAAGUGUUCUAUACUUGUUUACACUAUAUGAAAAGAUGUGAGUACAUCAAAUAUACUCUAUCAAGUCUGAUUUUAUAAUGAACUGAUGAUACCUGAAAUUCUUUUACUUCAAAUGCAGAAAAGAAGUUGGAGGCAAUUAUUUCCUUUCAAACACGAUUCCUGAAUGGUUUCCAUGGCCUCUAAAAUUCUGACUCUGUAAGAGUUUAAAAUUAAUCAGGUUGAUUUUUAGAUAACCAAGUAGGUAUUAUAAUACAAAAUAAUUUUAAGUAAGAAUCAAAAUACAAAGUAAACUCAGAUAUCGUGACUUGUGAGGUUGCUCGGCUUGCACGAUGCAGGGGAAGAAAAGGGAAAUUGGUUUUUUCUGUGCUUUCACUAAGCAGAAGGGGAGAAAAAGAGCAUAUAGUGGGCUACAGAAGGAAACGCUGAUAAACAGCCUGGAAGUAAUACCUGCCAGCAGGAACUCUUCAGAUCGAGCUAAGUGCACUGAUAUAGGGGUUUCUUAGCAAAACAGAAGCAAAAUCUAUUAAUUUUUCUUCCAAAUGUUUCUCUUAAAAACAAAUAUAAGUUUUUAAUUAUAUUGCUGAAUCAAAUGUAAAUGCCAAAGACUAAGCCUUGCAGCUUUUCUUUUUUCAAUGAUAAAAUGCUAGUGAUUCUGAGUGAUGAUGUAAAUCGAUUCUGAACAGUAUUUGCACCUUUGUGUUAUGCAAAAAAA